AUGGAGCAGGAGAGCAACAAGAAGAUCCUAUUCUCAUGCGCCAUGAAAGGGGGAUGGGGCAAGGUCAUUGAAAUGUACAAGCAUGAUGCGACGCUUCACAAUGCCAGAAUCACUCGCACUGGACAAACUGCUCUGCACAUUGCUGUCUCUGAUGGGAAGGAGGACGUGGUGAAUAAGAUGGUCCACGCCAUGUCCCUGACACAACCUAAUAAAGGGGAGCUUAUAAAGGCCCUGCGAACUCCUAAUAAUAGAAAAAUCACUGCUUUGCAUGUAGCAGCUGUCAUGGGCAAUGCCAGAAUGUGUCACAUCAUUGCUAGCGUGGAGCCUACCUUAGUGGAUGAUCGUAAUGCUGAGGGCGAGACGCCUCUCUUCUUGGCAGCUCUCCAUGGCAGAACACAAGCUUUUCUUUGCCUUCAUUGCAUCCGAAACCCUGCCAUCACUACUCCUCCCUUCUGCGGUACCUGUAGACGGUACGAUGGUGACACCAUCCUUCACGCUGCAAUCAACGGUGACUUCUUUGAUCUUGCGUUUCAAAUAGUUCAUCUAUAUAAAGAGCUUACGAAUUGGGUGAAUGAGGAAGGAUUGUCUCCUCUGCAUUUGCUAGCAUCAAAGCCUACUGCUUUCAGAAGCGGAAGCCGCCUUGGACGGAUUGAAACCAUCAUUUAUCACUGUAUAUAUGUUGAGAAGCUCAAGACCAUAGAAAAUGUAGGAGAUGAAUAUCGGAAGGCAGUCGAGGACAGUGAUAGCCAUGUUUGUCCUGACAACUACAAAACACUGUGGGAUGCUUGCAGGCUAAUAAAAAACUCGGUCACCGUUGUAUUGGCCCACCAUGUAGAAGCAGAUGCGGAAGAUCCCGGAGUACUGGGAGGAUCACCAGUGGUCAACGAACGUCAGGAAAAUCCGUUAUUUCCUGAUAAUUACGAAACUGGUCUCCAUUGGAUCAAGUUCUUUUACCUGAUAAUUUUGACAAUUUUCGGGAAAGGAUCUGAGGGAUUGAUGGCGAUAUAUCGAAAAAAGCAGACCCAUACAUGGUCUGUUCAGAUAGUCGAACAACUUCUUCACUACGCUUCCUUGUAUGUGUACGAGGAUGAUGGGAGAAAACCCCAAGUAGACGAAGGCUAUAAUAGGAAUUCGUUAGAGGAUGACACCACUGCAGCAUCAAUCAAACCUAGGAGCACCGAGAACAAAGGUAAUGAUGAGCAGAAUCCUAAAAGGAGGACAACGGAGACUCCUAUAUUACUGGCUGCAGCAAAGAGUGGCGUGAUGGAAAUGAUAGAGAAAAUUGUGGAGCUCUUUCCAUUGGCCAUUCACGAUGUGAAUGAAGAUAAGAAGAACAUAGUGUUAUUAGCAGUAGAACACAGGCAACGUCAGGUGUAUGAGUUCUUGCUGAAGAAGAAUAUUUACAAAGAGAGCCUGUUCUAUCAGGUGGAUGAGGAUGGAAACAGUGUGUUGCACUUGGCAGCCACACUCGGUGACAGCAGGCCUUGGGUCAUUAGUGGGGAAGCUCUUCAAAUGCAAUUGGAGUACAAGUGGUACGAGUUUGUGAAAAAGUCACUGCCGGCUGGUUUUACACGUCUCUACAAUAAUAGAAACGAAACUCCAGAUGAAGUCUUCAACAGAACUCACGGUGACCUCGUCAAAAGCGGUGGCGAGUGGCUAAGGAAAACCUCAGAAUCAUGCUCAUUUGUGGCCACAAUAAUUGUUACAGUAGCCUUCGCCACAGCAACCACCGUGCCCGGUGGCGUCGCUCAAGAUUCCGGCUAUCCAACGCUGGAAAAUGAGACAGCAUUCAAUGUGUUCGCGGCUUCAUCACUGGUAGCCCUGUGCUGCUCCGUCAUGGCGGUGGUGACAUUCCUAUCAUUACUUACUUCUCGAUUUCAAGAGCAAGACUUUUACAGAGACCUGCCCAUGCAGUUACUGACGGGUGUGACGUUGCUGCUCAUGUCGAUUGUUUCCAUGUUGGUGUCAUUCUGUGCUGGACAUUUCUUCGUGCUCAAGCAUCAACUUCACAAUGCUGCCUUUACUCUGUAUGCCGUGAUUUCCCUCCUUGUCAUCUUUUAUGUCUUGUCGAAGUUUCCGCUCCACUUUGAUUUUUUAAGGUUUACCUUUGUUCCUGUUCCACAACGUACCAAAAGGGCCACCAACUAA